AUUCAGGCUCACACUAACAGCCGCUCACGAGGCAGACUCACACCCCACGGAGCACGGCUGGGAUAUUUGUGUUGAUACGCCAUCGGGGAUGCCCACCAUGCUGCUGUCCCUGAUCAGUGUCAUUGUCACCCUGUGGGUCUCCUGGACUCAUGGACAAGAAACAACCUGUGAUCCUCCAGCUAUUGCCAAUGGUGUCUACGCACCUCUCAGGACCAAAUACAGACUGGAAGAUGUAAUCACAUACCGUUGUGACAAUGGCCUUUAUCCCUCCUCCCACGGAAAUACAGCAAAAUGCACUGAAGGAGGCUGGGCACCUCCUCCCAGAUGUAGCCUUAAGCCAUGUGAAUAUCCAGAAAUAAAGCAUGGGUACCUAUCCUGGGGAAGCAGCUAUAGAGGAUACUUCCCAGCUUUCGUGGGAAAACAGUUUUACUACUACUGUGAUGGCAACUAUGUGCCGCCUACACGAGACAACUGGGGCACAAUUACUUGUACAACAGAUGGAUGGUCGCCUGACAUUCCCUGUCUCCGAAAAUGUGUUGCCAACAAUUUGGAGCAUGGACAUUCUCCACCUAAGGAACAAACAUAUUUACCCGGAGAAUCUCUAAGAGUUUUCUGCCACCCUGGUUACAGUCUUCAAAAUCGGGAGAGCUUAGUCACAUGCACGGAGAAUGGCUGGUCCCCAGAUCUCUCUUGCCUCAAACAUUGUGACACGCCUCUGUUUGAGAAUGCCACAGCCACCAUCACUGGAAAAGUGUUUAGGCCCAAUGACACGCUGGACUACCAGUGCCUGGAUGGGUACGAAACCCGAGAUGGACACACUAUGGGCUCCCUGCUGUGUGGGGAGGAUGGCUGGUCCCACUUGCCAAGCUGCUUCAAAUCUGCAGAAAAGUGUGGGCCUCCUCCAGCUGUUAGCAAUGGAGAUAUCAUAUCCUUCCCACUGGAUGCCUACCCUCCGGGGUCAAGAGUUGAAUACCAAUGCCAGGCCUACUAUGAACUUCAGGGUCCUAAAUAUGUAACCUGCAGUGAUGCUAAGUGGUCCGAACCCCCAAAAUGUCUAGAUGCAUGUGUAAUAUCAGAAGAAAUGAUGGAAAAAUAUAACAUACGGUUAAAAUGGAAAAGGGACAACAAACUUUAUUCGAAAACAAAUGAUACUGUUGAGUUCAUCUGUCGAUCUGGGUAUCGUCAAAAGUCAGCACGUUCCACAUUCCGGGUAAUGUGUCAGGAAGGAAAACUGAUGUAUCCCGCUUGUGAAUGAAAUGAUGGUUGUAUUGCAAUCUGAAAACUAAAAUACAUUCAUUUAGAAUUUUUUAUCAUUAAUCCAAUUCUCAAUUUUUCAAGUUUAGUUUAACUCAUGUUUAUUCAUGAAUGAGAAUUUGUGGUAAAUAUUAUGUGGAAAAUGUCAUUGUAAUCUGAAAAAACAAUGAAUCGCUCUGAAAGGGAUCUCAUUAAAAUGUGGCAAACCA